UGUGUUCCCCUUUCUAACCACAUCCUUAACUCUGGAUGCAUUGCUUAAAGUAUAGUUGGUACAAAAACAUAAAAAAUACUUUCAAUUCACUUUAAGUCUUUGUUUGAGCCCUACUGUAAAUGGUAAUCCAGAUUCAGUGAUUCAAGUGAGGAGUGAAAUGUUAUGAUUAGAGAAACAAUGAUUUUCCUGUUUACACAAGCUUUUGUGCCUGUUUCCUAGCAUUUGCCAAGUUUGGUGUCCCAGCUGUAAUGGAAGGUGUGAAAGUUGUCGACAGUUCAGGGACUGAGUUGGAUGAAGACGUUUUUGAGGAUGUAGUAACGGAUCCCUCAACUGGGGUGUUAACCAUCAAAUAUGACUCAGAAUCUGUCCCCACGGUUGCCUCUCCUGAGCAGUCCCAACCAUCAUCCCUCAAUUCCUUGGACUCUGAGGACACAGACAUCAUUUCUGAUAGUCCUUCCAGAAAACGCCAAAGGUUGGAUGCAGAAGACAAGCAAUUGGUGGAAUCCGUUCUCACCAACAACCCUGGUGGGGAACGUGUAAUAAAUGAAUACAACCGAACCAAGUCCUUGAUGGAUGAAACCAGACGAAAAAUGGUGAACAUACUGGCAGCUGACAUGACAGAAAAGAAUGGUACAUCCCCACCCAGACAAGUGAAAGAAAAGUACGCCAGAGGAAUAGUGACCUUAUUCCCCUACCUCAGUGACCCAUUCUCUAAGAAUGGCUAUGAGCACUAUUAUGAUGGUGAGAGUGGAACUGGGUACUUGGCCUGGAGGAUUAAAACUAUUCAGAGAGGCACCGCUAAAGACAGGCGAUCGUCGUUUGGAGAAUCGGCCAAAGAAUCACCUGGUGAAGACAUGUCUGGAGGACUGUCAGACGAGAGUCCGAGUUCGUAUUGUAUCCUAUCGCCGCAACAUGGUCCUUGACCCCCAGCAGUCGAGCAACAUACUGUCCGACUUUCCACGUUUUAAAGACGCCAAAGGCUUGGUUGAACAGGAUUUCGUUUUGAUGUUUGGAGAGGAUACCUCAAGCAAGCUUCUAGAGAGGUGGCCAGUCAUGUUCAAGAAAAAGAUUAUCCAACAAUGCAGAAAGCUUCAAUCCACAAGUGAGCUUGAAGAACUCUUGCUGGCAGCUGAUCCUCCUGUGGAUGGCACUGAAGUUUAUGUUGACUUUGGUUGGGACAGUGACCUUUCGUCGGUUUUAUUGCUGCUACACCUGAUACACUCUGCUCAGGGUCGGAAGAGGGCAUGAAAGGUUUCGGCAUCCCAAGCAGAGAAGCAUCUUGUGGUCUUCAAGAAGACUGGAACAAACAUUCAAGAGCAUCUUGAUGCCAUCACCACCAGAGCUCAACCCUAUCUCCUGGCUGUUGGAGUUAAGAAGAAUGCAAUCCACCAGUUUUUCAUCAUUCUUGACAAGAAUGCCCUACCUUGCAG